CUAGGCAUGCAGACUGCUUCUACAAACAUUGGUGAAAGAAUGGGUCGCUCUCAUGAGCUCAGUGACUCCAAGCGUGGUCCCGUGAUAGGUGGCCACCUGGGCAAUAAGUCCAUCCGUGACAUUUCCUGGCUACUAAAUAUUCCACGCUCAACUGUUAGUGGGAUUAUAACAAAGUGGAAGCAACUGGGAACAACAGCCACUCAGCCACCAAUGGACUCUAGUGCAGUGGAAACGUGUUCUCUGGAGUGACCAGUCAUGUUUCUCUGUAUCUGGAAAGCUGAUGGACAUGUCUGGGUUUGGCGGUUGCCAGGAGAACGGUAUUUGCCUGAUUGCAUUGUGCCAAGUGUAA